AUGGUGGCCCAGGACGACGUCGCCCGUGAACCGGAGGCAGCCCCCCUGCUGCACGCCCAUCCCGCCGAUCCCCCUGCUGCCGCCGCCGCCCCACCCGCCUCCCGCGUCCUGCCCCACCUCCUCGUUUCCGUGCUUCUUUUCGUCACCGCCAUCGCGCUCACCAUCCCUGUUCGGCCGAGGCUCAUCCUCGAUGCUGCCGAUGGCAAUACCCAGCGCGCUUCCGUCUUCUCCGGCUUCGUCGACUGCCUCGUCGCCUUCUUCUCCAUCUUUUCUAGCCCGCUCUUCGGAGCCGUGUCGGAUAUCACGGGCAGGAAACCCAUUCUCGUCAUGUCCCAUUUUGGGGAGCUCAUCGGACUGCUUGUCGUUGCAAGAUUCCCAAAAAACCUCGCCAUUCAGUUCCCGGCAUAUAUGUUUAUCGCUCUCACCAACGCUUACGUCACCACUGCAAACACGAUCAUCGCAGACAUCUCUGCGUAUGAACCCGGUCUCGCCGACGAUGACACCCCCGUGUCCGCCGCCACCAACUACGGAUAUCUUGGUGUCGCCAUAGGAUUUUCCUUUCUUAUCGGUCCCGUUCUGGGUGGCACCAUUGAAGACACUUUCUACCUUGCCUCCAGCUUCCACGUCGCUUCCCUAAUGAUUCUUGCUGCCGUCGUUUACGUCUGCGUUUUUCUCCCCGAGACAAAGCCCUGUGCCGCUGUGGAGGAUCCCCUCCACACGCACCCCGCUUCCCACCCCUCAACCGCUCAAUUUCUCAACGCUACCUUCGUCAAUGUAUCCGCUUCGGCCCUCAAGGUCACCGACGCUAUUCGCGCUACAGAUUUUAAUCCCCUACCUCGCGUCCGACGCAUCUUUUCUGCCAACCCAGCCCUCACAUGGAUCGCCAUUAGUCUUUCGAUGACCUCUAUUGCACAAGGCGGCUUGAAUGCCAUCAUGUUUCUUUACGUUAACGAGCGCUUGGGAUGGGGCACCAAAGAGACUGGCUUGUUUCUUUCUGGCGUCGGUCUAUCCCUUCUUAUCUCCCAAGGCAUUCUCGCCCCCCUCUUCGUACGCUUCCUUGGUGAGGUCACCACCAUCAUCUUUGGGUUUUCAAUGUCGGCCCUGCACUAUUUGGUGUACUCCAGAGCCACGUCCACCUCAAUCAUGAUCAUUGCAAUGUUCUUCGGCAUGUUGUCGUUCGUCAGCGACCCCGCUAUGAAAGGAUUGCUAGCACGCCAGGUUUCAAUAGACUCACAGGGAUCGCUGCAAGGCAGUUUGAGUGCCCUUACCGCGGUAGUACGACCCAUCUCACCAAUAUUUUCAGCCGCGCUCUUCAGUUACGGCAUAUCAAUUGGCAGACCGGGUCUUGUGUUUGAAUUUAUCACCAUCAUCUCAGCCUCAGCUGUGCUGUGCGCAAGGAUCGCUUUCUGGAAACCAGGGCUCAAGUAGAGACCUUACUCCAGAACCAUUAGCCUUACUUUUGUACAUUUACUCGCUUGUCGUUGAUGUGUUUUGGUCCGAAUCUAUUGCAAGUAGGUAGUUUGAAUAGUGACCGAUACCAUAAUACCAAAACACGCCCACCCGUUUUGCGAUUUGAUUAAACUUUCCGAAGUUUUGA